GCUCUUCAGUAGCUGCGCAGUGGAGGCGGAAACAGACAGGACGCUGAAAUGGCCGGAGCUGAGGGAGAAGAUUCUCUGUACCCUAUCGCGGUUUUAAUCGACGAAUUGAGGAAUGAAGACGUUCAGUUGCGUCUGAACAGCAUCAAAAAGCUGUCAACUAUCGCCCUGGCCCUGGGUGUGGAGAGGACCCGCACUGAGCUUCUGCCGUUCCUCACUGACACUAUUUAUGAUGAGGACGAGGUGCUUCUUGCCCUGGCUGAGCAGCUGGGUAACUUCACCAUGCUGGUUGGAGGGCCGGAGUAUGUCCACUGCCUCUUGCCACCACUGGAGAGCCUCGCCACCGUGGAGGAGACAGUAGUGCGAGACAAGGCUGUGGAGUCUCUGAGGAAAAUUUCGCAGGAGCAUUCUCCUGUGGAUCUGGAGGUGCACUUCGAGCCUCUGGUGAAGCGCCUGGCCAGCGGUGACUGGUUUACCUCCCGUACUUCUGCCUGUGGCCUGUUCAGCGUGUGCUAUCCACGAGUUUCCAGCACCGUCAAGGCUGAGAUCCGCCAGCAUUUCCGCACCCUGUGCUCUGAUGAUACCCCGAUGGUGCGCCGUGCUGCUGCUUCUAAACUGGGCGAGUUUGCUAAAGUGCUGGAGCUGGAUUAUGUCAAAAGUGACAUCAUUCCUCUUUUCACUGCACUGGCGUCCGAUGAGCAGGACUCUGUGAGGCUUCUGGCAGUAGAAGCCUGUGUCAGCAUCGCCACUCUGCUGCCUCAGGAGGACCUGGAGACUCUAGUGAUGCCCACCCUGCGCCAGGCAGCCGAGGACAAGUCCUGGAGGGUGCGCUACAUGGUGGCAGACAAGUUCUCUGAGUUGCAAAAGGCAGUCGGCCCGGAGAUCACCAAGAACGAUCUGGUCCCAGCGUUUCAGAAUCUGCUGAAAGACUGCGAGGCAGAGGUUCGGGCUGCAGCUGCCAAUAAGGUCAAAGAGUUCUGUGAAAAUUUGCCAGAAGACAGCAGGGAGAACAUCAUCAUGACUCAUGUGCUGCCUUGUGUUAAGGAGUUGGUGUCGGACACGAAUCAGCAUGUGAAGUCUGCCCUGGCCUCUGUCAUCAUGGGCCUCUCCACCAUCCUGGGCAAGGAUAACACUGUGGAGCAUCUGCUCCCCCUCUUCCUGGCCCAGCUGAAGGACGAGUGUCCUGAGGUGCGCCUGAACAUCAUCUCUAAUCUGGACUGUGUGAAUGAGGUGAUUGGCAUCCGUCAGCUCUCUCAGUCCCUGCUGCCUGCCAUAGUGGAACUGGCAGAGGAUGCCAAAUGGAGGGUACGCCUGGCCAUUAUCGAGUACAUGCCGCUGCUGGCGGGCCAGCUGGGAGUGGAGUUCUUUGAUGAGAAGCUGAACUCUCUGUGCAUGGCGUGGCUGGUAGACCAUGUUUACGCGAUCCGGGAGGCUGCCACCUGUAACCUGAUGAAGCUGGUGGAGAAGUUUGGAGCAGAAUGGGCCCAGAACACCAUUGUGCCAAAAGUGCUUGGCAUGGCCAAUGACCCCAACUACCUGCAUAGGAUGACCACUCUGUUCUGCAUCAAUGCCCUUUCUGAAGCCUGUGGGCAGGAGAUCACCACCAAGCACAUGCUGCCUGUUGUCCUAAAAAUGUCCAACGAUCAGGUGGCCAACGUGCGCUUCAAUGUAGCCAAAAGCCUCCAGAAAAUCGGACCGGUUAUUGAUAGCAAUGCCCUGCAGACAGAGGUGAAACCAGUCCUGGAGAAACUUGCCACUGACCAAGAUAUGGAUGUCAAGUACUUCGCUCAGGAAGCUAUAAGUGUUCUCGCCCUGGCUUAAACAUCAUCAUCUUCUUCUUCUGAGGAGGAGGAGGGGUUCCAGAGAACAACCAUGACAAAGCAAGACUUGUUGCAUUCUAUUUAUUGUUGGUUUUGAAUGGUUAUGUAUUAACGUCUGUGUAGCUCCUAUUUAGCUCCUGUCAAAUGAUAUUCAAUGAUCAAAGGGUGCCCCUGUUCUCACGCUGUAUGCUGUAUAUGUCUGCUUUAAACACAACACUGGAAGAAAUGCAUGCUAUAAGUAGUGUGCACUGGGGCUGUGUGUUCUUGGUCCUGGUUUUUGAGUGUUUGUGCAUCUCACCCUCUUUUAUUAAACACACUAAGGAAACGCUUCUAUUGGGAGAUAAAGACAUAUUAAAUGGUGCACUUUUCCACUGCAUGGUACCUACAACUACUUUUUAGGUAUCGGUGUAAAAAUUUAAUUUUGUUGUAGUAAAACAUGAUAAAAAGUUCUUACCUUUUAAUGAAUAGCACACCUCUGUUCUCCCACAGCGUUUCGAGAUCCAGAAAUGAACAGUGUGUCCAAACACCCUUCAGACUGGGCGACACGGGGCAUAAUUUACCCUGAUAAAUCACUUUUUACACCGUUAUCCAGCUCAAAGUAGCUCCACACCUCCUUACUAGAAUCUGGAGAGCUCUGACAUUUAAAACGAGGCAUUAUUAACUUAAAAUGUGCACAAGAAUCUUAUUAAAAAUCUCAGUUUGCAUCCUAUAAUGCUAGUUUCAGCUCUGUGCGCCGCCAUCAUUGUACUGAUAAUGACCUAGACAUAUAUACAUAGACUCUGCGUAGCCUGCCUCUUGUUAAAAGAAGUUUUAAACAGAACUAGCUGUAGCAGGUACCAAAUUUGCCUAAUGGAAAAGCAAACAAGCAUCAUAAUCAAGAAGUGUGUGUAUAGUAGGUUUCAUACAGUGGAAAAGAAAUCACUGUGAGAUGUGCAUUGCUGGGAUACUCAAAUACCAGGAUGAAAGAAAUGCAGUACACUGGACCUGAUUCAUUAAAGCAUUUAUUAAAAAGCAGGGAUGCCCAAUCUUAUCUGCAAUGUUCUAAUUAAGCACCUACAUAUACAGAUUCCACAAAAUAAGCCACACUAGAUCUUAUUCAGAUAAAAUUGGACAUUCCUGAUUGUUUAGCACGUUUUUAAAUAAUUAAAACACACAUUUUGGACUAUGGGAAAAUGCCUUAAUGAGUUACACUGACUGGCCUUCUCAUUCAGUCCCAGCUAACCCAAGUUUAGCACGUGCUGACUUAGACCUAAAGGAGAACUCUGGUGUAAAACUGACUUUUGGGUGUAGUAAAACAUGAUAAAGAGUACUAACUUUUGAUAAAAGCACACCUCCGCUCUCCUCCCGCAGCUUUCCAAGAUCCAGCAAUUUUGUUCAGUUUGUCUAAACAGGAUAGAAUGUGUUUUAAUGGGGCAUAUUUUGCACCUGCAGAUAAAUUGCUUUUUACACUGAUAUUCUUGGUCAAAGUAGCUCCACACUUCAUUGGUAGAAUCCAGAGAAGCCUGACAUUUAAAACAAGACAUUUAGAACUUCAGAAAUGCAUAAGAAGCUUAUUAAAAUCACUGUUUACAACCCAUAGCGUUAGCUACAUCUCCAGACACAGCCACCUUAAAGUAAAGUCAUGAUCAGUAGAGUGGCGAGCGCGUAAUGUUGGCAGAAUUACAUGAAGACAAAGGGAAAAGAAGACAUAGUUCUUGUGCACUUUUAAAGUUCCUAAUGCCUCGUUUUUAAAUGUCAAGGCUCUACGAAUUCUACCAAUAAAGUGUGGAGCUACUAUGAACAUGGAUAACGAUGUAAAAAUUUAUAACUAUUUAUCUGCAGGGGCAAAAUGUGCCCCAUUUAAAACCCAUUCUAUCCUGGAUAGAACAAACUGCACAAAAUUGCUGGAUCUCGGAAAGCUGCAGGAGAGCGGAGGUGUGCUAUUUAUAAAAGGUAAGUACUCUUUACUAUGCUUUACUACAAUUAGUCAAUAAGUCAAUUUUACAUGAGUUCUCCUCCUUUAAUUGCUGCUUUAAUGAAUCAGGCUAGCAUCCUCUGCGUUCAUCCUGUUCUUUCUUUCCUUCUUCUUCUCUCUUCUUCUGUUUCAAGCCAUUCCGGCCCAAUCUUUCCUAGAGCCCAGAACAUGUUUUCACGAACUGGAGCUCCUCGUUCUGCAGCUGAUGGUGUGAAAUGCCAUUUUAUUUGUUUUGGUCGGUCUUCAAGCUCUCCUCACUUUCUGCGUUUCAAGCUCCUACUGCCUACUCAACAUGGGACCAUUGCAUUGUAUCAUUCUUUUACAGCAAAUAUUCUCUCCACCUAAUUUUUUCACAUUUUUAUGUUUUUUUUUUUUUUUUUUUUUUUUUUUUUUGCAAGUCUAGUUUUCACAUUCACUUCACUUCUCGGUUGUGUUUCGGUGCCCCUUUUACAGCCAUCGCACUCUUUUAUUCUUACUCUUAAGCAAUUUUGUGCCAAUGAUGUCUCGAAAUAAUAGGUAUAGGUAGGUUUUAUGUUCAUUUUUUUCUUUGUUUUGUAUGUUUUUGUAGUUAGUUUUGAUCCUUAGUCAUACAGUAGAAAUGUAUGGAUGUUUGUCCUGCAUUUCUUUAAAGCCUGAACCGAGGAACACGUGCCUCAGCUUCUCUCUGGCUGCGGUUGUCGUAGGCCGGCCGUUGUGAGUGUUUUGGGUGUCUUAGAACUGGGUCAUGUGAACUUAAUCUGAUCAGCACUCGUAUACUUGUUUUUUUUUUUUUUUUUUAAUAUUAAAUACAAUCUUAAAUUCAAGAAACAACCUCUGGAAGGCUGUCAAAGUGGUCUAUCUAUUGACCUGUCCAGCACUCAACACACCUCACAACCGGCCUACACAGCCAGAGAAUCAGAUCUAGAGUAAACCUUUUUCAUGUUCAGUAUCUCGAGGACCCAUUUUUAAACUACUACCAAAUGGGGCUUUACUGUACUUUUGAAACUUCAAUAAAAACUAAGUCUUAAAGAUCUCA